AUGAAUACCAACGAUGUCACUGUUAAAAUGGGGUCAGAGGGUUACUUGAAAACUGACCGCCUGACUGGUUCGUUUUCUUGUUCUCUUUAUCUAUCUAUCUAUCUAUCUAUCUAUCUAUCUAUCUAUCUUUUUCUCUCUUUCUUUCUUUCUUCUUCUUUCUUUAUUUCUUUCUUUUUUCUUUUUGUUUUUCUUUCUUUUGUGCUUUUCUUUCUCUUUUCUAAUUUUUCUUUCUUUUUUUCUUUCUUUUUUGAUUUACUUUGUUUGUUUGUUUGUUUCUUUCUUUCUUUCUUUCUUUCUUUCUUAGUGGCAGAAACAGUUCCAACCUAUCAUCAUCAUCAUCAUCAUCGUCGUCGUCAUCAGCAUACCUGCUUUCUUCUUUAUCCCAUCAUCAUCAUCAUCGUCGUCGUCUACUCUCCUUCUUUCCUCCCGCUUUCACCACUUUCAUAUUUUUUUUUCUUUAUUUAUAGUUUUUAUACCACUAAUUCUGUUGGUCAUUCAUUUUUUUUUCUUUCUUCUUCUCCCCCGUCUUUCUUUUUUUUUCUCCCUCUCAGCAGGGGUUAUUCAGUCCCAUUCAAUCAGUGUUAUCCAUUCGAGAAGCUUUUAGUCGCCUCCGAUAGUGAUAUGAAAAUGGCGUGUGCCUCCGAGAUCCCUCCACCCAUCAUACCCUAUCCAUCAUGUUACUGCCGGGCCCAACUUGACCCCCUUUACCAAAUUUGUUUUUAA